GCUGAGCCGCCGAGUCAUGGCGGAGCUGGCUGUGUUGAGGGAAAGCUGUUGAAGAGUUACGUUACUUUGGAGUAGUUUAAGUAGUGGAAAUAUCGUCUUCGAAAGAGCAAGAAACGUAAGAAUGCCCUUCAAACGAACUUCGAGUCGUUUCUCUCUGAAAGUAUGCGAAAUGUGGGGCUUUCUGCCGCUGGAUUAAUGGAUUUCAGUUUUUUCAGAGUGAAGUCAACAGCUUUAUACAACAAAUAUGGCUACUUGUGUCUCUCUCAAUUUGAGAUGAAAAGCUACUCAGUCCGGCUGUUCAAAACAAUGCAGUCAAUGCCACUUUCUUCGAAGUGAUCAUUCGGAACUAUUUUUUCUCUCUCAACCUUUGCGUUUUGAGAAUUUUAACUCGCUGAAGGGUCAAGCACUGAACUUCGCUAGCUGAAAUGGAGCCUAAACACAAAGAGUUGCUAGAUCAGUACCACCAAAACUUGUUGGAGUCCAUUACAGAUGCCGAACGAGUUGUGGAGUUUUUAGUCAAAACAGGUACACUAACCCAGGUGGAGCGAUUCGAAUUGGAAAACAACUGCUCGUCAAGCUCAGAAAAAGUUGAUCUUCUACUUAAGAUGCUGAUGAGCAAGGAGAGAGACCACUUUCAAGACCUCUGUUUGGCCCUCGAGAAGACGCACCCACACCUGUAUUCUACUCUCGUCGUGAACGGUGGAGGAUCAAUGGACCAUUCCGGCUCCACUUACAGCGUCCUCUCCACCAUGCCCUCUGACUCCGAGAGCAGUAGCUCCCUCAGCAGCAUAGGUACGACGGGCAAAGCUUCGUCCCCGCCGCCUCCGGCCCUCCAGGAGCAGCGUCCGCCGGGGGAGCGGCUGGAGGCCGUGCUGUUCCAGCUGCGGCAGGUGACGCGCCAGAGGGAUGAGCUCCGCAAGCGCCUGGCCCUCGCCUCGCCCGGGACGACCUUCGACGAAUGCAGGCCGAGCUCGAAGCCGGGCCACGACUACGAGCGGCUCAAGCUGCAGUGCACCAAGGCCAUGGGAGACCUGCAGUCGCUGCAGAACCAGCACAGCAAGACCCUGCAGCGCUGCGAAGAGGCCGUCAAGGAGGCCGACUUCUACCACACGCUCCACAGCCGGGCCCUGGGCGAGCAGGCGCAGCUGAAGGAGGAGGCGGAGGGCCUGCGCCGCGACUACAGCCAGCUGCUCCGCGAGCACCAGCACCUGCAGCAGGCCUGCGACGAGCUGCGCAGGCUACGCCUCGACGACCAGAGGGAGGCCGCCGACCUGCGCAUGCUCCAUCAGCAGGUGAUUCGGGAGAACGGCUCGCCGGACAUCCUUAACAAGCUUUACGACACAGCCAUGGACAAGCUGGAGACGGCACGCAAAGAGUACGAGGCACUACGCAAACGCUACAACGAGAAGACGGCCAAUCACAAUGCAGACCUGAGCCGUCUGGAACAGGUGGAGGAAGAGAACCGGCGGCUUCAGAAGCAGGUGGACGUGCUGCUCAAGCACCGGGACUCUGCUGUCCACUACCAGCAGCAGUGCUCCGCAGGAAUGAGGAGACUGGACGCACUUCAGCAGGAGCUAGCGGCGGCAGCGUCACGUGGUGUGGAGCUGCAGCGCGAGCUUGAACGCGUGCAGUCGGAGGCGACACGCUCACGCACGCUCCAGCUGAAAGCGGGCCAGGAGGCCGAGAAGCUGCGCGAGGAGCGCGACGCCGUGCUCAGCGAGUACCGCCUGGUGAUGAGCGAGCGUGACCAGGUCAUCAAGGAGGUGGACAAGCUGCAGACGGGUUUGGAGGCGGCCGAGGCCAAGUUGAAGAACACGUCCAGCCAGCGUCGGGUGGCCAGCGAGGAGCUGGAGGCCCUCAGACAGGAGCUGGGCUCAGCGCUGGUGGAGCGUGACCGUGCGCUGUGCGAGCGGAACGAGCUGCUGGAGAAGUACUGCUUCGAGGUGAAGGACAAGGCGGAGGCGCAGAAGGAGCUGAGCCAGGCCUGCCGCGACAUGGAGGCCGUCAAGGAGGAGCGCGACGUGGCCCGCAAGGAGCGCACCGAGGCCAUCAUCCAGAGGGACCAGCUGCUCCGCGAGUACUACCAGGCCAGACAGAAGCAGGACUCUGCGGCGCUGGACAUGGAGCGGGCCAACAAGGAGCUGGAGAUCCUGCGUAAACAGUGCGAGGCCAUGAGCCAGGAGCUGCAGGAGGCGUCCCAGGAGGCCGAGGUGGCCAAGUGCCGGCGCGACUGGGCGUUCCAGGAGCGCGACAAGAUCGUGGCCGAGAGGGAGAGCAUCAGGACCCUGUGUGACAACCUGAGGAGAGAGAGAGAUCGGGCUGUGAGUGACCUGGCCGAUGCGCUCCGCAACUUGGACGACACGAGAAAACAGAAGAAUGACGCUGUGCGGGAACUGAAGGAGCUGAAGGAGAAGAUGGAGGACCAGCUGGAGAAGGAGGCCCGGUUCAGACAGCUGAUGGCCCACAACUCCCACGACUCGGCCAUCGACACCGACUCGCUGGAGUGGGAGACAGAGGUGGUGGAGUUUGAGAAGGACAGGGAUGACAUGGAUUUGAAGGCACUGGGUUUCGACAUAGCAGAAGGGGUAAAUGAUCCGUAUUUACCGGGAGACUGUGGAAUAUUUGUUACGAAGGUGGACAAAGGAAGUGUUGCUGAUGGAAGGUUGAGAGUGAAUGAUUGGUUGUUGAAGAUAAAUGACGUGGACCUGGCCAAUAAGGACAGGAAACAGGUCAUCAAGGCUGUGCUGAGUGGGGGUGGGGUGAUCAACAUGGUGGUGCGCAGGCGGAAGUCCCUGGGCGGCCGCAUCAUCACCCCCAUCCACUUAAACCUGGCCGGCCAUAAAGUUCUUCCCUCAGAGCCUGUCGGGUCAGAGUCUGUUCGAAGUGGCCCGUGAGCUGGACAAGAGCCCGAGCGGGAAGCUGCCCGGCGCCGAGGUCCUGGCGCGCAACUGCCGCAACCUGCGGCACAACAGCUCCACGCAGACGGACAUCUACUCCCCCGAGAGCCCGGCGUCGGCCGAGCCCAGCCCGCCCCCCUACCAGGACGUGGUGUGCUACCAGCGGCACCUCACCGCCAGCCCGCACCAGUCCAAGCGGCCGCUGACGUUCCACCCGGCCUCCGUUUCCGCGGCGACGGCGGCAACUGCCGCCGAGUGCGUCAGCGUCGCGGUGGACAUGCCCCCGGAAAAGAGCCACACGCCCCCGAGGAGCAGCGGAGGCACGUGGCCCCGGGUGCUGGCGGGAGGGCCGCCACCGUCAUCGUCGUCUUCGCCGGACGCCGCAGCGCCGCUCUCCAUCUUCCGCGUGACGGCCAAGCGGCGGAAGCCCAUCUUCGACGCCGACAUCUUCAAGCGGCCCGACACGCCCACUAAGCUGGACUACGUCACGCUGUCCAAGGCCCGGCCCCAGAGCCCUCGGACUGACGCCCCGGCCAACCCCCCGACGCCUCCCACGCGGAGCGACUCCUUCAAGUACAAGCACAAGCAGCAGAGCAGUUCGGCGUCGGACUCCACUCUCACCACCGGCUCCCCACCGUCCACCCCCUCCCAGUGCCCCCCACCAUCCGCCCCAGGAGGCCAACUAGGAGGAGAGCUCAGGACCCGAGAGGACGUAGCGGUCAGAACCGGCCCGGAGCAGGAGAUGAAGAGGCCCAGACCCAGCUCUGCCCCCGCCCCACGCCGACAGCUCACCCCUCUCAAGAUCCCCAUACCUAUGCAGGCGUACGCCAAAGACGAGCGCUCUCCAGACUCCCUUGGGCCCGUCGACUUCUCCCCCACCCCACCUCACGCUCACAUGGGCUUCCCCCCGCCAGGCUACCACGGCCCUCUUCCAGGACAGCCCUCCCCUCGUGGCCUGUCUCCCUGUCCGGCUGUCACCACGGUGAUGCACAACCCUGUGUACACAGCCUGGAGCCACUGGGUCAACAGCAACACCUGCCCUCCCGCACCACACUCACGCAACAGUCCUCAGCACCAUGGCCGUCUGAGUCUGGACCUCAGCCACAAGCGCUCCAGUGAGCUGAGCGAUGGCGCUCGCCGCACUCCGCACAGCACCAACUCCCUGCCCUCCAGCGCCAGACACGGUGGGGUUAGCAGUCAGUAUCGCGCUGAGCGAAUCAAGAUCCCCUCAACGCCCCGAUACAUGCGCUCCGCGCAAGGCUCCACACAGGGCUCCGACAGAGGCUCCCUAUCCCACUCGGACUGCAGCACCACCAGUCUCAUCACCCCUCCUCUAUCCCCCCUCAACCUAGAGACCACCUCCUUCGUAAGCAGCCAAUCACAAGGCUCCAUUUCCUCCCACGUCAGGCUGUCUGUCAGCCCUGCACCAAUGGGAGACCGGAGAAAUGACAGACGUCUGUUGUGUAACAAAUCCUUUCCGAGGCUCCCUCGGCCCCUCCGGCCCAAGUUCGCCUCUCUGAGGAGCUUAAGGCCGUAUCUGGAGGAGCCGCGCGCCGUGACCAUCCACAAAGGGGCCGAGCCACUGGGCAUCUCCAUCGUCGGCGGGGAGAAUGGCGGCAUCUUUGUCUCCAAGGUGACGGGAGGCAGCAUCGCUCACCAGUACCAGCUGGAGUUUGGGGACCAGCUGUUGGAGUUUAAUGGCAUAAACCUGCGGAAUGCUACAGAGCAGCAGGCGCGGCUGAUCAUUGGUCAGCAGUGUGACACAGUCACCAUCCUGGCCCAGUACAACCCUCACAUGUACCAACUGGGCAACCACUCGCGCUCCAGUUCUAGAAUUGAUCCAAUCAGCAGCCAUCCUCCGUCGCACGGCAGCGGAGCCACGCCCCCUGAUGACCACUCCACUAUCGACACGCUGAGCGAGCAGGACGAGGGCACCAUGACGCCGCCCUCCAAACAGACCACACCGACCACUAGCCCACGCAGUUCUGUCAGGCGUGUGCUCCCGGAGCCACGGCGGGUGACGGUGCAGAGGGUGCUGGGUGAGCUGGGCGUGUCUAUCUGUGGGGGCAACCUGCACGGCAUCUACGUGGAGCGGCUGGAGGAGGACAGCCCCGCCAGGGCCGCCGACGGGCUCAUGCCCGGAGACCUCAUCCUGGAGUACAGCUCAGUGAGCCUGCAGGGCCGCACAGCGGAGGAGGCGUACCUGGAGAUGCUGAAGCCCCUGGACACGGUCACCUUGCGGGUGCAGCAUCGCCUGGAGGAGUUCAACAUGCUGAGGGACAGCCCUGGAGAUGGCUUCUACAUUAGAGCACUUUAUGACCGCAUGGCUGAGGUGGAUGAGGACCUGAGCUUCAAGAAGGACGACAUCCUCUACGUGGAUGACACGCUACCAAAGGGCAACUUUGGCUAUUGGAUGGCCUGGCAACUCGACGAGAACGCACAGAGACUAGGCAGAGGCCAGAUCCCCAGCAAAUACAUGUUGGAGCAGGAGCUCCAGCGCCGGCUGAGCGUUCCGGACGGGAAGGAGGAGGCCUGCUCCAGCCGGAGCCUGUCGGCAGCUGCGCGGCGUUCCUUCUUCCGCAGGAAGAACCGACACAAGCGCAGCACGUCCCGCGAGGGCAAGGACACGCCUGCCCCCGACGCCAUCAGCACCGACUCCAUCCCCUACAUGGAGGACUGUGUGAACGUGGCCUACCAGCGCGUCCAGAAGGUGGAGUGCAUCUCCCCCAGGCCAGUGCUCCUCCUGGGGCCACUGGUGGAGGCCACCAAAGACAUGCUGGUCAAACAGGCCGACUGCAAGUUCUGCAGAUGCCCGCUGGAGGUAAUGAAGGCAUCCCAGCAGGCCAUAGAGAGAGGAGUGAAGGACUGCCUAUUUAUUGACUACAAACGCAGGAGUGGCCAUUUUGAUGUGACCACUGUGGCCUCCAUCAAGGAGGUGACCGAGAAGCAGGAUUGCCACUGUCUGCUGGACAUCGCCCCCCACGCCAUCGAGCGCCUCCACAGCGUUCACAUCUACCCCAUUGUCAUCUUUAUCCGCUACAAGAACGCCAAGCAGAUCAAGGAGCAAAAGGACCCUGUUUAUCUGCGGGAUAAAGUCUCUCAAAAACAUUCCAAGGAACAGUUUGAAGUUGCACAGAAGACAGAACAGGAGUACAGCAAAUACUUCACAGGGGUGGUCCAGGCAGGGAGUCUGGCCUACAUUUGCACUCAGAUCGAGACCAUCGUGGAUCAAGAGCAAAGCAAAGUCCUCUGGAUUCCCGAUUGAUCACCAUUUUAAAUCACACAUCGCCGCCAACACCUACAAUAAAAACAGAUAAAACACUAGAACAACAACAACUACUACAACAACAACAUCAACAACAGCGACUACAAAAACACAUCGCUGAACACUAAACAACUACAAGAACACUAAACACCUUGACCAUGUGAAGGGGUACAACAGACUAAACGUAUGUGUGUGUUGUUAAUGACAUGUUCACAUUUCUAUUGCAUUUGCAUCACUGCGGCCCCUGGCCACUUUGACACUACCGAAGCUUUUUUUUCCCUUCAGUCACAAUAGUAACACUUCAUUUCAGGCAAAAACAAACACUCGUUUACAAUCAACAACAGUUGUGUUUAUGUACUUUUGUCUUGCGUACUUGAAUGUGUUUUCUCUCUCUCUCUUUUUUUUAAUUUUUGAAACCUCACCCAUCCUUUAAUCCCAAGCCUCUCCCCAAUUCUGUGUUCUUUGUACUGGUCAGAGCAGACCUGUUUGAGGGUUUCAUCUUUGAUAACGUAUUAGCUACUAUUAGCCUGGGGUACUCCUAAGGAAAGAUUAUGUUUGUCGCUAGCAUGCAACAGCCUAAUGACACACGUUAUUUGUCUCUUCUUGAUUUAAUCAUGUAAAAUCUCACUGCUAGGUUGCAGACUUGGUCUAAUGUAGCAAGUGAUGAUGCUCGCUCUGUGGGAAAUUACCCAAUGUCUUUUAUUUUCUCCUGUGUGUUCCUCGUCUCUUAUUCUCGUCGAUUUUAAUGUAUCUAUUUAAAGGACAAGAAGUACUGGUGCAAUUUGUUUUGACGGUAUGGUCAUUUAAUAUUUCCCUCCUUGUUAAUUUCCGAUUAACUUUUUUUUAUAUUAUUAUUAUUAUUAUUAUUAUUGAUAUUAAUGUUGAUGUUAUUUAAUAUGGUUGUGUAGCUCUGAAGUGAGAUGCAGAUAUGUUACUAAAGGAUGAAUCCAGUGCUCAGUCUUAACAGAAUCCUGUCCCUCAGUAUAACAUUGUGCCAAAUCUCCAAGUCUCCCUUCUUAUUUUGGCUCUGUUUUGCACUUGAAUCUUUCCCUUCUAGCAUUUACGCUCUGAAAUAUAUUUUUGUUAUCAUAUUGCUGUUUUAUUUUAGGUACGUUGACUAGUUAUCCUGUACAAGCAAAUGCAAGUGGUGUGUGUGUGUGUGUGUGCGCAUGUGUGUGUGUGCGCGCAUGUGUCUGUGCACAUAUGUAAGUGUGCGUGUGUGUAUCGUCAGUGUGUUCCCCAUAUCAUGUCCCUAACAUUUCACUAAUGUCCUGUACACAAAGCAGGAAUUGUUCUCCUACUUUAAAUCAUGAAGUGAAAAAGGGAUGUUCUCUUGCACAUUUUUUUUUAUUAAGAAAAUGCUAUCCUGUGGUUGGACCAUCUAUUCACAACAAACCAUUUGGAAUCAUUACUUCAGUGAUGUCAAAAGAACUUUGCUGGGUUUUCCAGUAAGUGAUUACUGUAAGAGAGACAUUUCUCGCAAUUGAAGACACCAAAUGUGUAAGCAUUAUGCUCAAAUUGGGAUUCUUCUCAAUGAAUAGACAUGACCUCUAUCUAAUGUUAAAUUAAUAAAUACAACUUAAAUUGUG